AUGCGGUACCAAAUCCUCACUGGCUGGCUGCUUUUGGUGAGCUCGCAGGAUGUGGAGUCCGGUUUUGGAAACACGUUUCCGGAGCUCGAAGAGGACAUCCUGCUGCUCCAGAUGGACGUGAAGCUCUCGCGCGGUCUGACGCAAACUGCGGAUGCCACUUCGGUUUCGGAGGGCUUCCAGGCAGCUGAUUCGGAGAGCCCAGCCCUCCUUUCCGAGAGCUUCAAAAGCGAGGUGGAGGGCGGUGUGAUGUUUGGACCGAAGACCAGUGCAGCCUUGUUUUUACUGUCCAGCUGUACCUUUGGACUGCUGUGCUUAUGUGGUGCGAAGCCAUUCAUCACAGCUCCGUAUUCAGAAGUACCUGAAGAGGAGGGAGAAAGCGAGGAGGUCAAAGAGCAGUCGCUCCUGGUGUGUUACACUGUUGUCUUCAUGGACGCCUUUGGCUUCGGCGUUUACGCGCCCUUCAUCCCGAUCCUUUGCCAGACCUUUAGCUUGCAUGCCCACCACAUGGGAACUGCCCUUGCGACUUGGACAACGGCUUAUGGCAAAGACUUGCGGACAAUAAGCCAGUAA